AUGUCUGCCCUAUUGAAAUCUGCCAAAUCAAUUGUUCCAUUAUUAGACCGUAUUUUAGUUCAAAGAGUUAAAGCUGAAGCAAAGACUGCUUCUGGUUUGUACUUGCCAGAAAAAAAUGUUCAAAAAUUAAACCAGGCUAUUGUUUUGGCCGUUGGUCCUGGCUUUACCGAUAGUAACGGUAACAAGCACACUCCAUCCCUUAAAGUUGGUGAUCAAGUUUUAAUUCCAGGGUUUGGUGGUUCUCCAAUAAAAAUAAAUAACGAUGAAGAAGUUAUCCUAUUUAGAGAUGCUGAAAUUUUGGCCAAAAUUGAAGAUCAUUGA